AUGGAAAGACUCGGCAUUAACCUAGAAAAGGAACCAGAGAAAGGCCGGGACACUACUCCUUAUAAAGAGACCAUGGUUCAUAACACUGAAGACUCUCAUCCUGACCAUGAAGGGGGGAAUGAAGAUCAACCGGCGCAAGCUCAACCUGAAGAAAACCCAGUAUUAUCUCAUGAUCAAGAUGAGAUGGGACAACCAGACACUGAAGCUCAAGAAGGAGAACCAAGCAGCAGUAAUGAACCUGAGCAGACACAAGUCCUAAGGAGAAGUACAAGGAUCAGAAGACCAGCCUCAGAUUGGUUAUACUAUGUCGCGUACUUCUGCGGUGGAACCAUCGGUCUUGUGUACAGCAACAACCUUGGACAGAUAGCUCAGUCUUUAGGACAAAGCUCAAAGACCACAACUCUUGUCACACUUUACUCCUCCUCCUCAUUCUUUGGAAGGUUGCUUUCUGCAACACCAGACUAUAUUAGAGCGAAGUUUUAUUUUGCAAGAACCGGGUGGUUAGCAAUCGCGUUAUUGCCAACACCAAUAGCUCUAUUCUUGCUUGCAUCAUCAGGAACCGCGUCAGCAUUACAAGUAGGAACUGCGCUGAUUGGUCUAAGCUCAGGAUUCAUAUUCGCAGCAGCGGUUUCCAUCACAUCAGAGCUUUUUGGACCAAACGGUGUCGGAGUUAACCACAAUAUCUUGAUCACAAACAUACCUAUAGGAUCUUUGAUAUAUGGAUUCUUGGCUGCAUUGGUCUAUGACUCACAUGGUUCGACCGGGAUCAAAUCGAUGACUGACUCGGUCGUGUGUAUGGGAAGAGGCUGCUAUUAUUUGACGUUUGUGUGGUGGGGAUGCUUAUCGGUACUUGGGCUAGGUUCGAGUCUUGUGCUGUUUAUUAGAACUAGAAGAACUUACCAAAGGUUUGAGCAAGCUCGGAUAAGUUCAAACAUUGAUUCAUAG